AUGGCCCAGACCCCCCAGGCUCCGGAUGGCAUAUCCUGUGAGCUGCGAGGCGAGAUCACCAGGUUUCUGUGGCCCAAGGAGGCAGAGCUGCUGCUGACAACCUCGCUGCCAGCGCGAGAGGGUGCCGAGCGAGGCCAUGUCCUGGCGCUACUACCCUGGAGAGCCUACCUGCUCCACACCUGCCUGCCCCUGAGGGUGGACUGCACAUUCAGCUACCUGGAGGUCCAGGCCAUGGCACUGCAGGAAACACCCCCUCAGGUCACCUUUGAGCUGGAGUCGCUGCCGGAGCUGGUCUUGGAGUUGCCUGGCCUGGCGGCCCUGGAACAGCUGGCCCAGCACGUAGCCACAGCCAUCAAGAAGGUCUUCCCUCACUCGACCCUUGGGAAGCUAUUUCGGAGGUCCACGCCGCCCUCCAUGCUGGCUCGCCUGGAGAGAAGCAUUCAUCCCUCAGAGGCCAUGGCGCCCAGCAGACCCUGUGGUGGCUUUGUGGAGACAUAUGAGGCUCUUUGUGACUACAAUGGCUUCCCUUUCCGAGAGGAGAUUCAGUGGGACGUGGACACCAUCUAUCAUCGCCAGGGCUGCCGCCAUUUCAGCCUAGGGGACUUCAGCCAUCUGGGUAGUCGGGACCUAGCCCUGAGUGUGGCUGCCCUGUCCUACAACCUGUGGUUCCAGUGCCUUUCCUGUGUGGACAUGAAACUGAGCCUCGAGGUCUCGGAACAAAUCCUGCACAUGAUGAGUCAGUCCUCCCACCUAGAGGAGCUGGUGCUGGAGACCUGCGGCCUGAGGGGAGACUUUGUCCGAAGGCUGGCCCAUGCACUGGCAGAACACUCGAGCUCUGGACUUCGGGAGCUCAGCCUGGCAGGGAACCUGCUGGAUGACCGAGGCGUGGUGGCACUCAGCAAACACCUAGAGCGUCGGCCUGGAGGCCUGAGGAGACUCAGCCUGGCGCAGACUGGGCUGACGCCUCGAGGAAUGAGGGCGCUGGGCCGGGCUCUGGCUUCCAAUGUCGCCUUUGACUCCGCCCUGACCCACCUGGACCUCUCUGGGAACCCUGGGGCUCUGGGGGUCUCGGAGGACAAUGGGGACCUCUACACUUUCCUGAGCCGCCCUAAUGUGCUGACGUUCCUGAAUCUCGCAGGCACCGACGCGGCCCUGGACACUCUCUUCUCGGCCUUGUCCUGCGGCUGCAGCGCCAGCCUCAUGCACCUGGACCUGUCGAGGAACGUGUUCUCCCGCACGAAGUCCCGGGCGGCGCCAGGGGCGCUGCAGCUCUUCCUGAGUCACGCCGGGACCCUGCGGCACCUGGGCCUGGCAGGCUGCAAGCUGCCGCUGGAUGCGCUCAGGGCCCUUUUGGAAGGCCUCGCACUCAACACGCGCGCCAGCGACCUGCACCUGGACCUCAGCGCAUGCGAGCUGCGCUCCGCAGGAGCUCAGGUGAUACAGGACUUAGUGUGCGAUGCCUCCGCCGUGAGCUCCUUGGACCUGUCAGAUAAUGGCUUCGGCUCAGAUAUGGUGACUCUGGUGCUGGCCAUUGGGAGGAGCCGGUCCCUGAGACAUGUGGCGCUUGGAAGAAACUUCAACGUCCGUUGCAAGGAGACCUUGGACGACGUCCUGCACCGGAUUGUGCAGCUCAUGCAGGAUGACGACUGUCCCCUGCAGUCUCUGUCCGUGGCUGAGUCCCGUUUGAAGCUGGGUGCCAGCGUCCUGCUGCGGGCCCUGGGCACCAACCCUAACCUGACGGCGCUGGAUAUCAGUGGCAACGCCAUGGGGGACGCGGGUGCCAAGUUACUGGCCAAGGCUCUCCGAGUCAACACGAGGCUUCGGUCUGUGGUCUGGGACCGGAACCACACGUCCGCUCUGGGCCUGCUGGACGUGGCGCAGGCCCUGGAGCAGAACCGCAGCCUAAAAGCCAUGCCUCUGCCACUGAGCGACGUGGCCCAGGCUCAGCGCAGCCGCCCAGAGCUGACAGCACGCGCAGUGCAUCAGAUUCAAGCCUGUCUCUUGAGGAACAACCACACUGGUCCAGUCUCUUCUUCCUGCACCUCCCAUCAGAAGCCAGUGGGGCUCCUCUCAGACCCCUCGGAGCAGGAAGUGAAUGAGCUGUGCCAGUCAGUGCAGGAGCACGUGGAGCUGCUGGGCUGUGGAGCUGGGCCCCAGGGUGAAGCUGCCGUGCGCCAGGCCGAGGAUGCCAUCCAAAAUGCCAACUUCUCUCUCAGUAUUCUCCCAAUCCUGUAUGAGGCUGGGAACUCCCCGAGCCAUCAGUGGCAGCUACGGCAGAAGCUGGGGGGUCUCCUCGGGCAGGUGGGCGAGGUCUGCCGCCAGGACAUUCAGGACUUCACUCAGGCCACACUGGACACAACAAGGAGCCUCUGCCCACAGAUACUGCAGGGCCCCAGGUGGAGGGAGCAACUGGAGGGGCUCUUGGUCGGCUCAAGGACCCUCACAGAGCUGCUCCCAGAGCACCUCCUGCAAGACGCCUUCAGUAGGCUCAGGGACAUGCGACUUUCUGUCACCGGGACCUUGGCAGGAAGCAUUGUGGCUCAGGCUCUGGAGGGUCUGAGUGCAGCUCGGGAUCGGCUGGUGGAAAGUCUGGCUCAGCAGGCAACAUUGGCAACACCCCCAACCCUGCCAGCACUGGAGGGAGGAGAACCCAGCCCCGUGGGGCCCGGGGUAUUGGAUGGACUUUUCUUCCCCGAGGAAGAGGAGGAGGAGGAAGAGAAUGACAGUGCUCUAGAGAAGUGGCCCGACACCAGCCACUGUCUCCACCUGGCUCCUUCCAUUCACAGUGCUGCCGAGGAACCGGAGCAGGAGCCGGAGCUGGCGGCUCCCGGAGAAGAUGCGGAGCCGCAGGCAGGGCCGUCUGCGCGUGGGUCUCCGAGCCCCGCCACCCCCGGGCUCCAGGCCGGCCCGCUGCCUCGCAUGGACCUCCCACCCGCUGGGCAGCCCUUGCGCCACCCGACCCGGGCCCGCCCGCGGCCGAGGCGCCAACACCACCACCGCCCGCCACCCGGGGGUCCCCAGGUGCCCCCAGCCCUGCCACAGGAAGGAAAUGGGCUCAGUGCCCGUGUGGACGAGGGCGUGGAAGAAUUCUUCUCCAAAAGGCUAAUCCAACAGGCCCGCCUCUGGGCUCCUGAGGACCCGGCUACCGAGGGGGGUACCACCCCAGUCCCACGUACACUGCGAAAGAAACUGGGCACGCUCUUUGCCUUCAAGAAGCCUCGUUCAACACGUGGGCCCCGGCCUGAUCUAGAGACCAGCCCUGGAGCAGCUCCGCGCACCCGGAAAUCCACACUUGGGGACUUGCUUCGGCCCCCAGCCCGUCCCGGCCGGGGUGAGGAGCCAGGUGGGGCCGAGGGAGGCACCAGCAGCCCGGACGCUGCUCGCAGAAGCCGACCUCGCUACACACGGGAAAGUAAGGCCUACUCGAUGAUACUGCUGCCCGCCGAGGAGGAGGAGGCGGCGCUGGGUGCCAGGCCUGACAAGCGGCGGCCUCUGGAGCGGGGAGAGACGGAGCUGGCCCCAUCCUUCGAGCAGCGGGUACAAGUGAUGCUGCAGAGGAUUGGCGUGAGCCGAAGCAGCGGGGCUGCCGAAGGCAAGAGGAAGCAAAGCAAAGACGGAGAGAUCAAAAAGGCCGGCUCGGAUGGUGACAUUAUGGACAGUUCCUCGGAGGCACCCCCCAUCUCCAUCAAGUCCCGCACCCACUCCGUUUCUGCUGACCCCUCGUGCAGACCCGGUCCAGGGGCACCAGAAUCCACCACCUGGAAGUCACUGGGGCAGCAGCUUAAUGCAGAGCUUAGGAGCCGUGGCUGGGGCCAACAGGAUGGUCCUGGCCCCCCCUCCCCUUGCCCCAGUCCCCGAAGAGCCACCCCGUCUCCAGACAGCUUGGGCCUUCCAGAGGAUCCUUGCUUAGGUCCCAGGAAUGAAGAACGGCCCCUGCGGCUGCAGCGCUCCCCCGUCCUCAAGCGCAGGCCAAAGCUUGAGGCGCCGCCCUCUCCAAGCCUAGGUAAGAGACGGCUGGCCAGAUGGGAGGUGCCGGGGCUGCUCGGAGCUGAGCCUCUGCCUGAACAGCCCACAGAGCCCCUCAGCCCUGAGCAGAACCCCCUCUCCCCAGCCACAGACCAAAGAGGCGGCGGCCCUAACCUCUGACCCUCCCCUUUCCUGCCGCAUGAGAUUAUUUUAUUAAAAAACUCAAAGGAAGAG